AUUUUCCGCAGUUUUAUUUUUAGUAUUUGGCAAUACGAAAUUCAUUACUGGCUUUAGCGAUUAUUCAAUUAAAUACGCAGUUGAUUUAUAUUUUUAGAAUAUCACUUUAUUCUCUAGCACCAUGGAUGAAAAUAUGUCCGAUGACGAGUCAAGUAAUGCAGACAAUCCAAAGCGGUUAAAAAGCGAUGAAAAUAGCGAAAUCGAAGAUCCAGUAGAUGAAGCUUCUACUUCUUCCAUCACUCCAGUUCAAGAAGAUGGUAUCGAAUGCCUCGAUGAAACACACUCAACAAAGUCUGAUAACUUAAAAAAAUUAAACGCAAAGGGCGACUCAGGGAGCUCGGUAGAGGAAUCUUCCAGUUCCUCUAACAAAGCCGAACAAGAAACUGCUAGUACAAGUACAGACAGCGGUUUUCCCAAAUCACGAAACUCGAGAAAUCGUAACUACAGGAAUCACUCCAGAUCUGAAGAGAAUCAACCACAAAGAAGUGAUGAAUACCCAAAUUUAGUUCAUCGAAUGUUAUUUAGCGAUGAUGAAGAUACUAACGACGGUGAAGGUGAUUCGGCUUUGAACGAAGAAGAUUCCGUCAACUUGGACGUAUCGGAAUCCUUCAGCCAAGUGAGCUCGAAUUCAACCGUAAUAAAUGACACGGAUAUCGAUUCGGAUGAUGAAGACCAUGCGGUGUUGAAGAAAGAGUAUCCCAAACACCGUUGGUUUAUGGUACCGGAAGUGGUUAACAGACAGAUAGGCGCCAGUUCGAAAUUUCAAACCGCCGAUUUGUUUCAGAAACGUUGUUACGGCUCGCUACGUAAUGUACAUAGGCUAGAGUUAAUGUACAAGUUGGAAGGGCACGAUGGCUGUGUAAAUAGUUUAAAUUUUCACCCGCAAGGUCAUUUGUUAGCUAGCGGUUCCGAUGACCUUACCGUUAUCUUAUGGGACUGGAAAAUUGGCAAGCAACUGUUAAAAUACAAUUCGAAACAUCGAGGAAACGUCUUUCAAACUAAAUUCUUAAAUUUGUCUGGUGAUUUACACAUUGCGUCUUGUGCUAGAGAUGGACAGGUGCGCAUUGCUCAAGUUUCGGCUGAAGAAGGUGUAAGAGAUAAUAGAAAAUUAGGUUGUCAUAGAGGACCUUGCCACAAAAUUGCCGUAUUAAAUGAACAACCUCAUGUGAUUUUGAGCGCUGGAGAGGACGGCCUUGUAUUUAGUCAUGAUGUUAGGAAAAGUAAACAAGAAAGGAUAGUCAGCGUUAAAGAAGAUGGAAGAGAAGUGGCUUUGUAUAGUAUCCAUGCGAAUCCUUUAAAAUCCGUGGAAUUCUGCGUCAGUGGUAGAGAACAAAUAGUUAGAGUAUACGAUCAGAGGAAAAGUAUUAAUCCUUUACACAUAUAUCAUCCUUUUAAAAAACUUAGCGAUUCUUGCGGCUACACCGGCCUGCACGUGACCUGCGCAGUUUACAAUCACGACGGCUCCGAGAUUCUCGCCUCCUACAACGACGGUGAUGUGUAUUUGUUCGACGUAAACAGCGAGCCCGGCAACUUCCUGCACGAGUACCAAGGCCACAGAAACGGCGCGACAAUCAAAGGAGUCAAUUUCUUCGGUCCUAAAUCGGAGUUUAUCGUUAGCGGGUCUGACUGUGGUAACGUUUACUUUUGGGAGAAAAACACCGAGGCUAUUGUUCAGUGGUUGUUAGCCGACGAUAACGGCGUGGUGAAUUGCUUGGAACCUCAUCCUCAAGUGCCCUACAUUUGCACCAGCGGCCUUGAUUGGGACGUCAAAGUUUGGGUGCCUUCGUGCGAAAACGAUCCGACAUUCAAGGGUCUCACGGCGACCAUUAAAAAUAAUAAGAAAGCUCGAAAUAAUUGGACGUCGAUGAUUCCUCCCGAUCUCAAUGAAAGUCAAAUGUUGUGGAUGCUGUGGCGACAUCUUAGGAACACUAACCGAGCUAGGCGAGCGCCUCCGAAUGGGGGCGAAGGAGAUGCCACUUUCUACCCUUUAUACAGCAACUCUAGCAGUUCUUCAGAUUCUAGUUCCAGCAGUUUUCCUUCCGACGACGAUCUAGACGUAACGGGUUCAUGUUCUCCUUCAUAAUAUACAACAUAUUAAAAUAAUGUUAAACGAUUACACGGAAAUAUAUAUUUGUAAAUAGAAUAAAUUUGUUUUUGCUAUAUUACGAUAAAUAUAAGCAGUAAAUCAACUUGUAUUAAAACGCGAUUAUUUUUUUAAUUGUAAGUUGUAUAUUUUCAGAUUUUGUUUGAAGCUGUUAAUUUGCUUAAAAUUUGAGCUACACGAGCAAUCCCAAAAAAUGAGAUGUUGUUUUACUAAUUAAGCCUCUAUUGAAUACAAGAUAAACAAAAAGUUUGUUUCUUUAAAUAACGAGUUUUUAUAUAAUGAGCUUCCAAUAAAUUUUAACAGUCGAUAUUCCUAUUUAUUUCUGUAUUUAAUAGUUUUCAUGACUUGCUUGAAUGAACAGAAAAUCAGAUUUUUAUUUUCGUUUUUCUAGUUACAUAUGCUUCGAAAAGUACGUUAUGUACAAAGAAAAAUUUUCCUGUUUUAUCAAGGUACAUCAGUACAUAAAAGUAUGUACUGAUUCAAUGUAUGGAAAAAUUGAAGAAGCUCAUAAUAUAAAUUUAUUUCUGCAACUGUUUUAUUUAAUUCAAUAUGUUUCGCAUAAAAAGUUUAGCGUAUUUGAGAUGGAUCCUGCACAUUUGCGACCGUGCCCAUUUGCAACCCUGGGACAUUGGUAAACCUACCUACCCUACUCCGAAUCUACCCUGAUUUGCGUCUACUAAUUUUUUAUUAUACUCUACUCUCAAUGGUAGCAAAUAUCCCACCUCUGUUUCUUUACAUGUUCCAAGAUCAACACAAACUAAGAUAGAGGGUCGCAAAUGGUCAGGAUUGCAUAUGUCCCGAUACCAUUUUAGAUGGCUAUCCCUUAUAAUAGUACAAAUUAUGUAUUAUUAACAGAUUUUUUUCGUUAUUUCUUUGUUGGGAAUGUUUCACAGCAACGUCAUUACAUGUUUCAAAAUUCGCACUAAUUAAAGAAAAACGCCAAAACCCUUACGAGGCACUCUUCGCGGUUUAUUUAUGUUAUAGCUCUGUUUCCAAUCAGCGUUAAGUGUGCAGUAAACCUUUCUGUGUGGAAAUUUUUCUGUUGCAUAUUCAUUAAGCUACUGAUCAGUUUAUGCACUAGUCAAACGCUGGCUGGGAGCAAAUCUAAUAUUGUCUCGAGUGUAAAUAAUAUUAGGAGUACUAUUAACUUUGAGCUUAGCGUGCCAGAACUUCGGAAUCGUUUCAAUGCUAAACUCAAGAAGAUCAGUUCUUCUGAUAAAUGUUAACGUGAUUAUUUAAAUAGAUUUAUUAUGAGUUGUGUAAACUCGUAUAAUAAAAACGUUU